GUAAGUGACGUGGAUUUGUUAAAGAAGAAAAAGAAUAGUUAAGACAAAGGUCAGGGUCAGUCAGGGUGGUGAAUGGUGAUUCACACUGAACUCUCAUUCUUAAGAGAGGAGAAGACGUGUGAGUUUCUGUUAGAACACUUUUGCUGUUUCAAGCUUUUGCCUUCCUUUGCAACACCCUGUACCCUUUAUUCAUCUUCAAGCUGAGGUUCUGUCAAACUCCCCUUCUCGUCUCCUCUUCCAAUUUGUUUCUUUCUUCUCUGGCCAUGAACAUGACCUUGCAACAGUUCUGUGGCAGCAGCAGCUGUUAACUCAUGGAAUUGGCUCAGCAAUUAUUCCUCUACUUCCUCAUCCCCUCCUUCAAUGGGGGUGUUUGCUGAUAUGGGUUCUCUCUCCCUCAGUCCCAAGUAUGGAGUAGUUUCAGCUGGUUCUUCUUCAAGAGAUAGUUGCCAUUGUAAGGGCUCAGAUUCCAACGAUGGGUUUGUAGAAAACAAUGCCGCCAUGGAAGACAGCUACAACAAUUUAAAUGAGGAGAACCCAAAUGUGAAUUCAAUGAAUGGGAAGGAAAUAGAUAGUGGGCAGUCAAGGCUUUGUGCCAGAGGGCAUUGGAGGCCCGCUGAAGACACUAAACUCAAGGAACUUGUUGCUCUUUAUGGCCCUCAGAACUGGAACUUAAUCGCAGAGAAGUUGGAGGGAAGAUCAGGUAAGAGUUGUAGAUUAAGAUGGUUUAACCAGUUGGAUCCAAGGAUCAACAGAAGAUCUUUCAGUGAAGAAGAAGAGGAUAGGCUAAUGGCUGCUCAUAGAUUGUACGGAAACAAAUGGGCCAUGAUUGCUAGGCUCUUUCCUGGGAGAACUGAUAAUGCUGUCAAGAACCAUUGGCAUGUUAUCAUGGCCAGGAAAUACAGAGAGCAGUCCAGUGCUUAUAGGAGAAGAAAGUUGAGCCAAAGUGUUAACAGAAGGUUGGAGGAAGGUGUUAGCUUUUACUCUGCAGAUGCAGCUACAAGAUCAGAUUCCAACUGUCUCAAUCUCUGCAAUGGUGCCUUCACCAACCCUUCUCAUCCCUUCCCAUUUGCAGUUCUCAUUGGUGGUGGUGAUGGUGGCUCAAAUGGUUUACCCCAUCUGACCAGUGGUGGAGAGGAUUCAUUUUCAAACGGUAGGGAUAUGUUUCAUCAUGGUUAUUCCUCCACCAGCAACAAUCUCCCUCAUAGUGGGUUUUCUGCACAACCAGAGCAGGUCCCUUUUGAUUUCUUCUCCGGUCCGAAUAUCCAAAACAAGCCGGGGUUCUUGAGUCAGAACAGGUCUUGUGAUAGGCCAAGCGAGGAAUCCAACUACAAUGGUUCGUGCUAUACCCAACAUCCAACGAUGAUGGCAAUGAAACAGUCAAGCUAUCAUCACCUAUAUUGUUUCUCAGGUUCCAGGACAUCAGCUUCCCAAGUUUCAGUCGCUGAAGCAUCAACAGCAUCCGUCACAGAGAACAAUGCAACCAGCCAUUUUGAGAGCAGCAGCGUUGCACCACCAUUCAUAGAUUUUCUUGGGGUUGGAGCCACUUGAAAAGGGAGAGCUGGGGAGGGAGAGACUAGUUUCUAAAGCUAAAAGCAGAGAAGGUUUCAAACUGAAAGUGUGUCAAGUGAAACUGAGCUGUCACUACCCGGACAGG